UCAUACGCACACGCUUGCUCCCAGCCACCCCACUCUCAUCUUCUUCCUUCCUCCUCUCCCCCCUCUAUAUAUUCCUUUCCCCGCCUUCCUCUACUUUGUCAGCCCACUCCUCUGCUCUCAAUUCUUCUCCACUACUCUCAGCUAUGAAAGAGUCCUUUGUUGUCCAAGACUCCUACGUCUUCAAAGAAGAAACCCUCCUCACCGUUCUCAAGACCUCUCUCUUCUUCGCCGGCGACGGCUUCACCGUCUACGAUUCUCACGGCCAGCUUGUCUUCCGGGUGGACACUUACGGACCCGACGCCCGUGAUAAGGACGAGCUCGUCCUCAUGGAUCCUCACGGCCUCUGCCUCCUCACCGUUCGCCGGAAGAGGCCGAGCCUGCAUCAACGGUGGGAAGGGUACAAGGGGGAGAGGAUGGACGGCGACAAGCCGAUCUUCAGCGUGAAGAGAUCAUCGAUCAUCGGGCGGGCACGAGCGAGCGUGACGGUGGAGUUGUACGACGACAACAGCGGCGGAGAAGAGCAGCAAUACUACCAGAUCGAAGGUUGCUUCCCGCAGAGAAACUGUACGGUGUACAAUGCGACGAAGGAAUCCAUGGCGGAGAUCCGACGAAAGGUGGAUCAGACAACGAGCGUGAUGCUGGGGAAGGAAGUGUUCACGCUUUGCGUGAAGCCGGGGUUUGAUGGAGCCUUCGCCAUGGGAUUGGUCCUCGUUCUGGAUCAGAUCAACGGCGACGAUUACGUGGACAAUGGAACAGAGCCUACGGUGCACCCCACCGCGGAGGAUUAAAACCGUAAGCUUAUCCCUGUACACGAUUACUAUUAUGAUCCCACUGAAGAAGUGUCCCUCUGGAAGGGAACCUAGUGCGCCCUUUUUUACAGGCUCAUGUGCCCUUAAAAUAAUAAUUGUACUUUGUAAUGCAAGUCAUUUGAGAGUGGCUUUGUGUAAAUUAUUUAUUAAUAUUUGAUAAAGUUAAAAGGUUAGCUUUUGAUUAGUUUAAAUGAAGACUUCUCAUGAACGGCCAAGUGACUUGCACAAGGGGGUAUAUAUAAAAUAUGUGUCAUUUUAAAAUU